AUGUUUGUUCGUUAUAUUAUUCGCACAUCUGCCCCUCAGCUUUCUCGAGGGCUCGCCACUCAUGCAGGGCCCGCUGUUGCGGUUCCAGCUACCCUCCACCUCAAGUCAGGGCAGUCCUUCCAUGGGAAAUCCUUCGGAGCUCCCAGAAGCAUCUACGGAGAGACCGUUUUCUCCACAUCCAUUACAUCUUACACCGAGUCUAUGACUGAUCCCUCGUAUCGUGGUCAGAUUUUAGUGUUCACAACCCCUAUGAUUGGAAACUAUGGUGUCCCCCAUAAUGUCGCUCCUUACGAUUCUCAGGACGUCGGUGUUAUUCUUGAGUCUAAGAAGAUCGAGGCUGCUGCAGUUGUAGUCAGCGACGUUGCCGAGAAAUUCUCCCACUACAAGGCUGUUGAAUCUCUUGCAGAUUGGUGUAAACGCCACAACGUCCCUGCCAUCACUGGUGUCGACACUCGCGCUAUUACCAGGCUUUUGCGUGAUCAAGGCACCACCCUUGGCCGCCUCGCAGUUGGCGAUGAUGCUGCCCUCCCAAGCCCACAACCAGAGGAGUACUGGGAUCCAUCUAAAGAGAACCUCGUCGAUCAAGUUUCUACCAAGGUCCCCUACGAGCUUAACCCUACUGGCAGCAUCAAGAUUGCUGUCCUUGACUUCGGUGCUAAAGCCAACAUUCUUCGUGCCCUAGUUCGCAGGGACGCUGCCAUAACUGUUCUUCCCUGGAACUACGAUUUCAACUCCAUCAGAGACCAAUAUGAUGGUCUAUUCUUAACCAACGGACCCGGUGACCCUGGUCAUUGCAUGGAAGCGGCUUUGAAGUUGCGUCGCACUCUCCAGGAAUGGAACAAACCCGUUUUCGGUAUUUGCAUGGGUCAUCAAAUCAUUGGAAUGGCUGCUGGCCUCGACGCUUAUCGCAUGACUUUUGGCAACCGAGGACAUAACCAACCCGUGUUGGCUCUUGCUUCUGCUGGUUCCAUCAAGGCCGGACGGGUCUACGUCACUAGCCAAAACCAUCAGUACGCUCUCAAGCUCCAGGAUCCUUUCCCUCAGGGAUGGGAACCAUUCUUCAUUAACUGCAAUGAUUCGUCUGUCGAGGGCAUCAAGUCAACUACCGAGUCUGGCAAGAAGGUGUGGGGCGUUCAAUUUCACCCUGAAAGCGCCGGUGGUCCUUUGGACACGAUCGAGAUGUUCACUGACUUCGUUACCGAGUGCAAACUCCACAAGGCGCAGAUGGCUGGCACUGCUGACUCUAUCGUCGAGGAAAUUCCUGUUGCACCUCGUGUUGCGGUCGCUGCCUCUGCCUGA